CCUGAGGUGUCCUCAUCAGUACCAUAAUUUAGCUCAGUUUGUGUCAGGAAACCUUUGUGCUUAGUAUUUUCUCUUAGUGUCACCACUCCUUAUACUAUUUUUGACACAUUCUUUAACUCCCCUUUUCUUCCAGGGUUCAAAGAAGACAAAGAGAAGCGAGAAAGUGGCUACUUCUCCUUAGGGAGGGCAGCAAGUGCCCAUUCUCUACGCGAUAACAGCCCACAUGGGCCAUUUCGCUAUUUUGAGAGAGGACAUCAGGUCUUUAGCAGCAAAAACAUUGAGCCCAAAGAUACGAUCCCCUUUAGAAAUCCUAAUCUGGGUGUGGCCUCUGAGAGGCAGGUGCCAGAGGUUCUGGAUAGCGAUCUGCCUGUGGAAAUCCCUCCUCUAGACCCCUAUGGUAUUGCUGUUGAGGUGGAAGCACAGCUAGGCCCUCGUUCUCCGAGCCCGACUCCUUUUAAGAUAGCUGAGUCUCUAGCCUCGACUGGACCAAAAGGUUACACCAGGUCGUACGACAGAGGAAACUCUAAUUACAGCUCUUCCCAUCAACAGUCAGGGCGCUUUGAUUCCUCAAGGCUAAGCUCAGCUCUACAAUCUCGCUCUUCUUCCCCUGCACGUGGAAACUCUUUAUUGAGGGGUGGUGAGUUUCCUUCCGCCCUCAGAGGGCAUCCCCUUGAUGGUGCAGAGUGGUCCAAGGGUAUGGGCUCAAGAUCAAGAGGCUCCUUGCAAGCAGCACAUGGGCAACGUGUAGAAUCUGGGACUUUGCCCAGAAACUUUCAAUCAUUCGCUGGUUCAGUCAAAUCCCAAUCCAAUACAGUCUCUAAAUUUAGAAAUGCCUUACGAAAAACAGAGGUAAGUGGUUCGCACAGUGGUCAUGGUCCUAAUAGCAGGAGCUCCUCACCUGUCAGAAUGUCACUCUGCCCAACUGAAAACAGAAGCAGUUCUUUGCACAGGCUCAACAAUCGUACAAGCUCUCCAUCUCGGAGACCUUCAGAGAGUCGUUAUGGCACUCGUGGGUCUUCACCGCCAAGAAGAGCUUCCAGUUCAUUUAGCCAAUCUGGUCUUCGUAAAUCAGAUUCCAUGACAUCGCUGGAUGAACGAAGUCAUCAUGGACGAUGCGGUUCCCCGAUAAGAGAAGGUUACGACAUUGAGAGUCAGGCUCUCAUGCGAAACCUAACAGCAGGAAAUUCACGUAAUAGUCAAGAGGACGAAAACACUACCACGUCUCCGACCAGACUUGGUUAUGACGCAUCAAGUCAACCAAAACUUCACGAGAAAAAAUUCAGUACAACUGGUCGCAGUCAACGAAGUCCUGAAAGAAAGUCCUUUAAAACUCCUGGUCAGUAUUCACUUAGAAAAAAUGAAAAUAGCAGCGCUUCAUUUAAUGGUCCUCAAAGUCGAAAUACUUCUCCAUCAAGGAGAAGUUAUGAAUCUCCCACUCAGUCUAUCCUUCGUAGAUCCGAAGCAAAAGCCCGGCAAAGCCAUAUAUCUUCAUCAUCAAAGCAAUGCUACAGUGCACCUCACCAGGCCUCGUUUUAUAAUAGUGAACUUAGCAGCUCUCCAAAGGGGAAGAACCACAACAGCCGUAACGCUUCCCCGUCUCGAAAUGCCACCGGUGCGUCUCCAGCCCACUCCGUCCUCAGAAAUUCCACCAAAGGAAACGCCAGUCGUUCAUUGCACAGAAGAAACGAUUACUCAAAAUCGGACCCCAAUCACUCGCCACGCUCCUGGCAGCAAUCAGCACAUUCGCUGCGCAGUUCCUCGUUAUCCCGCGCUGCUUCUCCUGCCCUGCAGAAUGCAGCAGGAAACAGAACGCCCUCCAACAUCUUACAAACGCAGAGAAGCCCUGGUAGCGUUAGAGCUCGGGUCAGAGGACAAAGCCUUGAAAACCAAUUUCCUAGGGACAGCCCUGGUAGCGUUAGAUCUCAGGUAAGAGGACAAAGCCUUGAAAACCAAUUUCCCAAGGACAGAGGACCUUGUGACCGUGCACGGAGCCCUUCACCUACACUUCAGAUUAAAAUGCAAAGCCAUACCUUCUCACAGAGCUCCAUGGAUUCCUCAGAGUCAGGCCAGCCGUCGGUAGUGGCCACAGAUAGGAACAAGGGAGAAUAUGCCAGGAUUGCUGAUCUGCCCAAGGUAAAGAUUAUUCAACAGCAGGAGGACAGCAGCUACAUGGACAUGCCUCAGAAUCAUCAGCGUUCCCGGAGACAGGAACUCUUCAAACCAGCAAGCCACUCCCUCACCAACCAUCCCUUCAGAGCCUGGGAAGACACUGGAGAAACUGACAAGGAACGCUACUAUGGUGGCAGUGGGUAUUUAUCGCGGGCUCACUCCUCUACUUCCUUGCAGAGGUCUUGCAGUCCCACUGUGGACAAGGGCGUCUUCUGGAACGAGAGUCAUCCCAAACCAGCGCCAAUGCAGCCUGACCUCCUAAACUUCAAGAAGGGAUGGAUGUCGAAACUCGAUGAAAGUGGAGAGUGGAAGAAGCACUGGUUCGUUUUGACUGAUGCCGGACUGAAGUACUACAGGGACUCCAGUGCAGAGGAGAAAGAUGAUCUGGAUGGUGAAAUUGAUUUAAAGUCCUGCGAGAAGGUGUCUGAGUUUGACGUGGAGAAGAAUUAUGGCUUUCAGAUACAGACGAGGGAUUCCUCGUUUACACUUUCUGCCAUGACCGCAGGAAUCAGGAGGAACUGGAUUGAGGUUUUGAAGAAGUGCAUCCGGCCCAGUAGCACCCCAGACCUCACACAGCUGCCUGAUAGCGGCAGUGACAAAGAAAACUCCCACACACGCUUCCAGCCGACUCCUCGGCGACCGCCAUCGCACCACGCCGAUGUCCCUUCAGAAGUUCCCCCUACCCAGCGUCGGUUUGACUACGUGGAGCUGUCCCUGGUCCCCGCCUCCUCCGGCCAGCUUUCCGCCAAUCAGAGACAGACGGGGGAGGGCCCGCGGAGAGAGCAGGGCCAGUGGCAGGAGGAGAGGGCCCGGGACACCACCAGCAGCCAGUGGGAGGCGGUGCUGUCUCGGAAGGGCACCGGUGGAGGAGUCAACUCGCGGCUGCGCAUGGAGGACGAGAUCGAGAAGAAGUGGGCGGAGUUUGAGCGCAUGCCUUUGAAGGAGAACCCGACGGCGGGGUCUCGGCCUUCCGGCCAGCUGGCCAAUGAGGCGCUGCAGAGGGAGGUGGCGUCACUGAGGCAGCAGCUUGAGCAACUACAACGGGGAGGGGGAGGGGGAGGGGGAAAGGGGACGCGCGCCCCAUGCGGCACCGACGGCCCCUGCAGCCGCGGCCUGGCCGCUGUAGAGCGCGCUCAUCGGCAAGCCAUGCAGGAGCUGCAGAGGCAGCACGAGCGGCAGAUGACGGCGUUGGAAACGGAGAAGAAGAUGCUGCUGCUGGAGGAGAUUCAGGACACGGCACGGGUGAUGGAGGCGCUGAGGAAGAAACACAAAGAGGACCUGGAGAGCGAGGUGGAAAAGGUCAAGAGGCUAAGCAGUGGCGACCCAAAGACUUUACGAGACCAACAACAGGUGGAGAGUCAGGCCUUGCAGAGAGAGCUGACCGGACUAUCGGAGCGCUACUCUCAGAAGUGUCUGGAGCUAAACCGGGCUGAACAGAACAACGCUGAAAGAGAGCGGGAACUCCGUCGAAAGGAGAGCAAUCUGGAGCAGCUCAGGAAGGAGAACCAAAACUUAAAGGAGCGCUUGGCAGAGGAGAUCUGCCGCAUACGAUACAACACAGAUCUGGGUUCAAAGGACAACCGAGAUGGGACAUCCUGUGAAUUAGAGGUCCUGCUCAGAGUCAAAGAAAACGAGAUCGAGUACUUGUAUAAGGAGAUCAGCUGUCUAAGGAAUGAACUGGAGUUCCUCAACACGGAGAAGUGUCGGGCCGGUGCGCGAUACGCGGAGGUGAACGAGGAGCUGAGCGGGAUAAAGGGGCGGAGCGAGCGCGAGAUCCAGAAUCUAAAGGAGCACUUGAGGCUGGCCAUGGCUGCUCUGCAGGAGGGCCAGAGGCUGGGGAACAGCAUGGACCACUGACUCCUUUUAAAAGUUAUAAGUGAUGCUCGGGGGCGAGGCAAGUCAACAACAAGCCCCCAUGGUGGUGCCCCCCAUGUGUGCCUGCUCCAAAUGUGACUGAAAGGAGAGAGAUAGUUCUAGUACCUUUUGUUUCAAUGCUGGUGCCAAUGGUGACCUGGCCUUUUUACACUGGACCACGUGUUCUAUAAACUGCACUUUUCCUUCCUCAUUCAGGCUCCUGGCUCCCGUCAGUGCGCCUUUUUAAAAAAAAAACUGGAGUAUUUGUCAACCUUCCUCAUUCAGGCUCCUGGCUCCCGUCAGUGCGCCUUUUUUUUUUAAAACUGGAGUAUUUCUCAACCGUCGUCCUAGUUAAAGGCAUUUCAGGUUCUUCUCGAACAGCUUUUACGACGGUUUUUUUCUGUCUUUUAGAACGACAUCAAGCUAAUGUCGUCUGUUUAGUUUUAUUCCUCCUAAAAAAAAUGUGCUUUAAAAUGAGAGCUUAUCAUUUUCGUUCGUUCUAGAGGAGAUCAUUUUUGAUGUUCUGCACCAAAAACAUGCAUGUUGGGUUACCAGAGACUCCUAAUUGCCUCCAGGUAUUGGUUAUUUGUCCACCUGUGUGAAGUUGGCCUGCCUGUGUGCUACCUUUGUGACCGUAAAAUGAUUAUUUGUGCUGUUAGGUUUUAGCGCUUAUUCUAAAAUACAUUUUCUGACUGGUAACCCCGCCUGCCACUAGGGCUGUACAUUUUGAAGAAAAACCAUCCCAUUAAUUUUGGACUGUAAGUCGCUACUUUCUUCCUACGUUUUGAACCCUGCUGCUUAUAAAAUGGUGCGGCUAGUUUAUGGAUUUUUCUUUGCUGACGGCUUUAAAAAAAAAUAAAUAAAAGAGUCACACUGUAUAGGUGUGCUAUUGCUUGUGCUAUGGUGCCAUCUUUUAGACGAGUUCGCUCACUGAGUGUCCUUCCAUUUAGGAGUAGAAGAAGUGUUGUUCCGUCUUUUAGCGGUCCAUAGCUUUGCUACUCAAUCAUCACUCCAAGCAACGAUUGUAAGUUUUACAAUAUAACUAAAACAAUUCUUACUUACUAAGCCGUCCCAUGUGUGAUGUCUGUAGGAGUGUUUUCAUGCAUAUCUGUACGUGCUAUCGUAAUGUAAUCAAGCGAGCGUCGUUAGUAUUAGCUAAUAUGUUAAUAUACGUUUACGAGUGUCUGUGUUAGUAUUAUUAACUUACAACAGCAUUAUUUUUGUAUUGUUUCAAUAGUUUCUCAGUAAAUUCACCAAAACGUCACAGUGGAGUUAUUGAGUCUCUUGGAGAACUCGCUUGCGCAGUUAGUGGGUCCAUGACCGUGACUUCUGUUUUGUUUGAUCAGCCGUUUAACUGCCGCAUUACAGACACUGUUUGGAAGCAAUUAAGGUAUGUAAAUAAACAUUUACAGAAUAUUUCUGUGUAAAUAAAUUAUUUCACAACGUAUAUAUCUGUGGCUUAUAGUCCGGUGCGGCUAAUACAUGGGGAAAAUAUUUGUUUUCCUUCAAAUUAAGAGGGUGCGGCUUAUCUACCGGUGCGCUCUAUUGUUGGGAAAAUACAGUAAUUGCGAUUUUUCUCUUCAAAUUUAAUUUUAUGAUUUUCAUAUAUAAUUUUUUUUUACAUAAAUGCAUAUAACUGGAGUAAAGGAAGAUAUGUUACUUUUAGACUCAACAUUCUUGUCUCAAGGUGCCACACAUUAGAACGACAUGCAAUAAUUUACUUUUAGAAAUAGAAUAAAACAUUUCAGCAAAAACAUGUCAAAAUCUCCCCAAACAUUUGUGCUGUUUUUGCUACAGUUUUUUUGUCUUUAAUUAUUCAUCCCGAGACAUUCCCUGGCCACCUGGGAGACAUAGCCACUCCGACGUGUCCUGGGUCUUCCCCGUUGUCUCCUACCGGUCGAACGUGCCGUAGAAACUGUAGUGGAAUAAAACAUGAUGAAGCACAAACAAAUGGGGGCAAGUUUUGGGAGAUUUUGACAAGGUGGGGGGGCCCGGAUGACAUCACUAGUCAGAAAAUGUAUUUUAGAAUAAAUUAAAGCGCAAAGGCACAAAUUAAAAUGUUUACAGCACAAACAAAUCGCAGUUUUAUUUUGAUAUUUGCUUCACACAGAUUUUGUGAUUGGUGCCUCUGGGGUGGGCUCCAGCCUCCAGCUCAGCCGCACCCUUAUAAACAACAAUCAGCAGUUGGAAGACUGUUUAAGCAGAAUGCAUGAGCAAACACUUUUAUUGUCUUGAUUUUAAAGACCGAAUGAACUGGAGCACAGCAAGAAUCUUUUGUGAGCUUUACAUUUUAUGUGCUUCGAAAUCUGGUUAUUGAAUGUUGUCCAUAGCACACAACUUUUCAACAUUUGACAGGUGUUACAUAAAUGAGCCAAUUUGUGUUUGACAAAGUCUACCUGCCUUUAAAAAAAUCUAUAUUUAAGAUUUACUGUAUUUUCUUGUAUAGUGUGAAAGAUAAACAUUUUGCUAUCAAUAAAGUUUUAGCAGAAGCAGUUCUCAUAA